AUGGGAAUCGGAGUGAUAGGGAGUCAGAGUUGUGGGAGUCAGAGUGAUGUGGAGUCAGAUAGAUGGGGAGUCAGAGUGAUGUGGAGUCAGAUAGAUGGGGAGUCAAAUAGAUGGGGAGUCAGAGUGAUGGAGAAUUCACAACCUGCAUAUUUGGUUUUAUUCGUUUCAGCGUGCGGCAAAGCAGAUUUCGUUUUUCUUCUCGACGAAUCUGGAAGCGUUGGAGCAGUCGACUUCGAAACUGCUAAAACAUUCGUGAAGAAUGUCGCCAAGUCCUUCACCGUUGGCCCCAACGAAAUCCAGAUCGGUCUCGACACCUUCGCGUCCGACCCACGCAGGCACUUCAAGCUUAACCGAUACACGACGUCGGCCGAGAUACAGACCGCCAUCGACGCCAUCGACUACGUCGGCAGCGGCACCUCCACCGCCGACGCUCUGGCUUUCAUGGUGAGCGACAGCUUCAGCGCGGCGUCGGGGGCGAGGGAAGGUGUCACCAAGAUCGCAGUCGUCAUCACGGAUGGAGAGUCGAACGACAAAGCGGCGACGAGGACGCAGGCUAAGUUGGCACGAGAAGCCGGCAUCACAAUCCUGGCCGUCGGCGUGGGCAGCAACGUGGACGAAACCGAGCUGAAUGACAUCGCCAGCGACCCGGACAGCCAGUACGUAUUCAAGGCGGAUUCGUUUGACGCGCUGAAGACCAUACAAGACGUUUUGGCCAAGACGGCCUGCGAAGUGUCACAGCCAGAAACUAGCGAAUGCGGUCACGCCGCACUGCAGAACGCCGUCACGGGGAGGAUGUUAAACGGACGACCUAACGGGCGCUGUGAGUGGCCGUGGAUGGUGUCGGUGCGGGGCAAGACGUCAGACACAGACAAACAGUGUGGUGGCGUCAUCGUCGGCAGGAACAAGGUCAUCACCACGGCAGCGUGUGCACAGGGCAUCACGUCAGGAAUUGAAGUGGUGAUUGGAGAGAACAACAUCUACAAGGACAACGAACCUCUGCUGUCGUCUCUCAUCGAGAAGGUCAUCGCCGUAGAAACCGUCGUCGUGCACCCCGACUACAACAGCGUCACCACAGCCAAUGACAUCGCGGUGCUGAAACUCGGCGAGAAUAUCGAAUAUAGCACAUGCGCAUUGCCAGUUUGUCUUCCUGAUGUGAUUCUGGCUGACAGCUGCCAACAGGACAUUACACACCAGUGCACCAUGGGAGGUUGGGGGGCAUUUGAUGAUUCUCUGAAAAGAUCAAAACGUCUACGAACAACGUACGCCAAGUUUCUAGGACCGGAAGUGUGUGACGCCAUCUAUAAGUACGCAAGAAAUAACUUCCUUCCCACCAACACGGCGUGUGUUGAGUCCAUUAACAAGAGAGACAACCCUUGCUUGUAUGAUCAUGGCGGCAUGGUGGUGUGUUCCCGCAAUGGCAGGUGGAUUCUGCACGGCAUCAUAACGUUACCGAGCUGUUUCGACCAGCUUCCCAGUCUUGUCAUUGACAUCACCAGCCAGGCUAUCCAGGACUUCAUAAAGAAGAUCUAUGCAUACCUGGCCAUGGCAUCACAAAUGCUUACCUGUGUUAUAAAAAUAAAGAUGCACACAGCGUGCGGCAAAGCAGAUUUCGUGUUUCUUCUCGACGAAUCUGGAAGCGUUGGAUCAGUCAACUUCGAAACUGCUAAAACAUUCGUGAAGAAUGUCGCCAAGUCCUUCACCGUGGGCCCCAACGAAAUCCAGAUCGGUCUCGACACCUUCGCGUCCAACCCACGCAGGCACUUCAAGCUUAACCGAUACACGACGUCGGCCGAAAUACAGACCGCCAUCGACGCCAUCGACUACGCCGGUGGCGGCACCUCAACCGCCGACGCUCUUGCUUUCAUGGUGAGCGACAGCUUCAGCGCGGCGUCGGGGGCGAGGGAAGGAGUCAUCAAGAUCGCAGUCGUCAUCACGGACGGAGUGUCGAACGACAAAGCGGCGACGAGAACGCAGGCUAAGUUGGCACGAGACGCCGGCAUCACCAUCCUGGCCGUCGGCGUGGGCAGCAACGUAGACGAAACCGAGCUGAAUGACAUCGCCAGCGACCCGGACAGCCAGUACGUGUUCAAGGCGGAUUCGUUUGACGCGCUGAAAACCAUACAGGACGUGUUGGCCAAGACGGCCUGCGAAGUGUCACAGACAGCGGGCGGCAAAGCAGAUUUCGUGUUUCUUCUCGACGAAUCUGUAAGCGUUGGAGCAGCCGACUUCGAAACUGUUAAAACAUUCGUGAAGAAUGUCACCAAGUUCUUCACUGUUGGCCCCAACGACAUCCAGAUCGGUCUCGACACCUUCGCGUCCGAGCCACGCAGGUACUUCAACCUUAACCAAUACACGACGUCGGCCGAAAUACAGACCGCCAUCGCCGCCAUAGACUACGUCGGCACCGGCACCUCAACUGCCGACGCUCUGGCUUUCAUGGUGAGCGACAGCUUCAGCGCGGCGUCGGGGGCGAGGGAAGGAGUCGUGAAGAUCGCAGUCGUCAUCACGGACGGAGAGUCGAACGACAAAGCGGCGACGAGGACGCAGGCCAAGUUGGCGCGAGACGCCGGCAUCACCAUCCUGGCCGUCGGCGUGGGCAGGGUGGAAGACACCGAGCUGAAUGACAUCGCCAGCGACCCGGACAGCAAGUACGUGUUGAAGGCGGAUUUCUUGAAAGCGGUGAAAAUCAUACAGGACGAGUUGGCGUGA